UUUCGACGAGGCGCCUGUCGACAGCUUGACUGACCCUACUCAUCCGACCGUCUGACCCUUGUCGAAUCCGUGUGGACCCUUCCUGCCUUUGCAGCUCAAAUUCAAAUAGAACCAGUUUUGACUUAAGAAAUAAUUUGAAACUGACAAGAUGGUUGCCCUUCGAAUGUUUGGUGCUCGGACGGCAGCUGUGAUGCCAUUCAGACAUUUCCAGGCAAGUGCAGUUCGUAUGAUUUCCGGAACUCGAUUCCAAAAUUCCUUCAACCAGCGGAAAAAUCAGGAAAAUACUGGACAUGGAUUUCGAGGAUGUAUUCUAAAGCCCCUUGAUGGUUUUAAUCGUGGAUUUGCCUCAAGUCAAGGACCAUCGGGGUCGGGCAAAGGAAAAAAUUGGUUGAUGGCGAUGGGAGCAGCCGUUCUGGGUAUUGGUGGUGCAGCCUAUGCUUAUCUGCAAACAGAGGAUGGUCGAAUCAUGGGUGACCAGGCUUUCAAGUGGGUGGAAGAUACGUUGGGACUGGCUCCAACACCAGUCCCUUCCAAAAUCACGGCAAAAGUAGAAACCAAAGGAAUUGGGUCGUCUAGUUCUGUUAAACAUAACAAAACUGAUGAAAAAUCUCUAGUCUCUUCUGGUGGUCGUCCUAAUGAAGUAAAAUGUGCUGGAGAGGAUUGUGUCGAGAAGAAAUGCGGUGACAGUGAUUGCCUCCGAAAGAUGGACAAGGAAGAAGAACUGAUUGCUAAGGCUAACUCAGAAUUGGAAAAAGCAUUGAAAGACGUUAAGCCUAAAGCCGUCGAGUACACCGAGUCUGCCUUAAAGGCCUAUUGUGAAACAACAGAUCUUAUCAAGUUGUUCAUGGACAAAGUUUACUGUGCCAUUGAGGAAGACAAUUUGGAGUCUCCCCGUUUCGAAGAAGUCUGGUGCGAUGUGUACGACACUGCUUUGAAACGAUGCGAAAAGGUCAAAGAUGCUGUGCAAAAAGGUCAAUGUGCAUGGGAAUUGUUGUGCCGUCUCCGGGAAGUGAUCGAAAACGGAAAGGCCUGCAAGUACACUUCCUGCAAUCCUCUCCUCAUCACUGCCGAGGAAAGCCUUUUGUGUGCUGAGCGAGAGCUUUUGAACGCAAAAUCAAAAAUGGAAUGCAUUCAGAGCGAAUCCAGAUUGGUGGAGCAGUACAGAAAUGUGGUCGAGGACUUCCGACGUGAUCUCAAGGCUGAAGUCGAUUCAAUGAUCACAUCCGACGAGUGUAAACAGACGCUGACCGGUAACGAGUGCACCAUGGUCAUCACUCACGCGUACAAAAAAGUGCUCCGAAUUCAGAAAGAGCUCGCUCAAGUUCAGAUGUUAACGUCCAGUUCGAGUGUUGCGUCUAAUAGUAACCAACUUAUCCAGCGUGACAAGAUGGCAACUGAAUUGCGAGAGUCAUUUGAACGUGAUAUUGUUGAAGCCCUCAAGAGACAGGCACUCGCCUAUCAAGAAAACUUUGAUAACCAAAUCAACGUUUUGAAGUCGGAAUACGAGCGAAGGAUCCAACAGCAGGAUAAGAUAUUUGAAGCGGAACGUGUUGUCGAAUUACAAGCAAAGUAUAAUCAAGCGUCCGCCGCGUUGGCUGCGAUUGAGAAAGGAAUUGAAGCCCGACAAGAAAUGAACGCCAAGUCUCAAAAGUUGAGGAAAUUGUGGUCAACCUGCAAUACUUUGUUCAGCAGGGUUAACUAUGCGCAGUAUUAUGCAGGACAAGAUGCUGCUUUAAGCUAUGCUACCAUCAAUUCAGCGGAUAUGGUAAAAGAUUUCAAAGAAGAUGCAUUUGCUUCCCAGCUCAUAAAAAGUUUGCCGGAAAAAGUAACAAGUUUUGAAGAUUUGAAACAGCGGUUUUUUGAUAAGCUGGAACCAACAUGCCGAAAAACUAUGAUUUUAAAAGAAGGAGAAAAAUUAAGCUUGUGGAAAUAUGCAUUGGGUUCAUUAGAGUCAUUAAUGAUUGCCAGAUGUGAAGGAGAACGUAAAACUGCCAAGAAAACUUAUGAAAUUCUCGAUCGAGCUGGAUUCCAUUUAAAAAGAGGAGACUUGCUCGAAGCUGCUAUCACUUUAAAUUCACUAACUGGUCUGCCCCGUCAAAUCGCUAAAGAUUGGCUGGAUGAUGCCAGAGCCGUUUUAGAAACCAAUCAGACACUUUUCACCUUAAUGACAUAUGCAGCAUCGAAUAAUGUCUAUUAAUUUUUUUAGUUUAUUUAAACACCCUCAAAUUCGCAAACUAGGAAAAUUCAAAACCAAAAUUAUUGUGACCAGCAUAAUUUUCCACCCUCCUCAUCAAGUUGUAAUGUAAAUUGUUAAACAAUUUUAAUUUGAGCUCAUAGUUCCUCCUCAACAAAUUAUUGUAAGAUCAAACAACUUCGAGUAUGAAAGCCAUCUAAUAACUGGCAGGUCCAACUAGCAAAAACAUACAAAAACAUUGUAAUAAACUAGAGACCGUGUGAUCGCCACGCAUCGUAGUUAUCCAAUUUUACUUGUGUUAAUAAACACGUAUUAAAACUGGAAUAAAUAAAAACAGUAUAUAUUUUGUAGGAAAAA